AGAACAAGAGCUGCUUUCGUGCUCAAGUCAUCACGUCGGCUUUUGGGCACAAGUUGAAGCUAACAGGCUAGCGGUAGCUCGUUACACGGAAAAACAACCUAUUUUCUUUAUCUGCGUCUUCCCCGACGUACACAUUAUAGAUUUGGUUUCAGCCCAGGCUUCGGAGUGUGUGAGUCGGCGUAUGCGCUGCGCCAGGUGUCGGGCCACCGAAGGGAAAAAUGUCAUCUUUUUCAUGGAGGGUUUGGCCUGCCCUGGUGUCGCUUCUCUUCCCUUCCUCCAUCGCCGCCGAAGAAGAUUCGUUACUUCUGGAUGGCUGGCGCGAUGUGUGGGUUUUUCGCUUCCUGGUCAACAUGCUGGGAUACUCCACCAUUAUCAUCCCCGGCUUCCUCCUCAUUAGCUAUUUGAAGCGCACUAAUUACUUGGAAACAGGUAGUGGCUUCUUCUAUCCCAUAAUCAAGACCUGCGUAUUUGGCACCGAGGCGAGUCUGUCGGACGACUUGGCCGUCACCUCCAGGAACGAGGGUGAUUCCGGCUCGUCGCUGAAACAGGCCGUUAGGUUGAUAUUUUGUGCUGCCGGACUUCAGGCGUCCUACCUAACAUGGGGGGUCCUGCAAGAGAGGGUCAUGACCCGUUCCUACGGCGCCUCAUCUACAGAGGAGGAGGAGGGUGAGAAAUUCAAGGACUCUCAGUUUUUGGUCUUCAUGAACCGCAUCUUGGCCCUGACCGUGUCGGGCCUGUGGUGCGUCGUGUUCAAGCAGCCCCGCCACGGCGCCCCCAUGUACAAGUACUCCUUCGCCUCGCUCUCUAACAUCAUGAGCAGCUGGUGUCAGUACGAGGCGCUCAAGUACAUCAGCUUCCCCACCCAAGUCCUGGCCAAGGCCAGCAAGGUCAUUCCCGUCAUGCUGAUGGGCAAGGUCAUCUCCAGGAAGAGGUACGAGUACUGGGAGUACUUAACGGCCGCGUUGAUCUCCGUGGGCGUCAGCAUGUUCCUGCUGUCCAGCACAACCAGCAAGCACCCGUCCACCGUCACCACCUUCAGCGGCGUGAUCAUCCUUAUGGGCUACAUCGUCUUCGACAGCUUCACCUCCAACUGGCAGGACAACCUGUUCAAGUACAAGAUGUCGUCGGUCCAGAUGAUGUUCGGGGUCAACCUGUUCUCCUGCCUCUUCACCGUGGGCUCGCUGCUCGAGCAGGGCGCCUUUUUUGACUCCUUGGCCUUCAUGAUGCGCCACUCCGAGUUCGCCUUCCACGCCGUCCUCCUCAGCGUGUGCUCGGCGUGCGGCCAGCUCUUCAUCUUCUACACCAUCAACCAGUUCGGGGCCGCCGUCUUCACCAUCAUCAUGACCCUGCGCCAAGCCAUCGCUAUUCUCCUCUCCUGUUUCCUGUACGGCCACACCGUCACUGUCGUCGGCGGCUUUGGCGUCGCUAUAGUUUUCCUAGCACUCUUUCUGCGAGUGUACGCCCGCAGCCGCAUGAAGUCGAGCCGGCGGGUCGCUCAGCCGCCCGCACAGAAUGUGUAAGCGCUCGCUCGCGCUGAACUGGGGACUGACACCACGUUGUCCGUGGUGCUUUUUUUUUCUGGGUCAAUUUGUACGUUUUUAUUUUCAACUGUUCACAUUCACUGUUUUAUGUUUUUAUUCGGUACUGAAAGGGAUUUUGUUUGAACCCAGGGUGCCUCCGAGGGUUCUGUUUCACGACCUGCCUCUUAACAGUCACAAGAUGUUCUUUCUUACCAAACUUCUAGUUACUGAGAUUGUGGGAGUUUUAUUCUUAAACACUUUAUUCAUUUAAAAUUGACUUCACACUGAAGCUGUUCAUAAAAUAUUUGUCUCUUUUUUUUUUUUUUCCACAGUAGCCACAUGUGGACAGCGGGUGGGGUUUUAGUUUAUAAAACAGCCCGAACACACGGGCCACUUGGACAAUCUGAUGAGCUCCAAAACAAAAGCUGUAUUCAUAUUUCGGACUUUAAAAAGGUCAUAACGCUCACUUUGUAAUGCUAUAAUCAAUUAACGCAGGGUUUGAUUGUUAAUGUUUUCUCGGCAUCUUAGGCACAAUAGUGUACUGCUUGGCUAUGAACAGCAGAGGCGCUGUUCAGUCAUUUUCGGCCCCUUAAACACAAUACUGGCAUGGAAACGGGGUCAGAACAUUCAGAGAGAGAUCCUCCCAUGCUAUUUAAUAUUUUUUAUGAAUUUUAUGAAGGAACUAGCCCAUCUCUGCUAUUAUUUGAACAGUGUUUUUCAGCACUCUGUAUUAUUAAAUAAAUAAAUAUCUAUCUAAAUCAGCAUUAA